AUUCCUAAGUGUUAAGAAAGUCAUAAGAUUAUUGGGUUACAUAAAUUAUUAUAAGUUAAUUUUUUAAAAUGGUGUUGUGAUUAAUAACAAAGAGGUUAUUUUAAAAAUGUGUCAAUCGAAACUUGAUACACACAAACAUCGUUGCUUAGCAACCAACUUUGUAAACAAAACAAAUGUCACAAUAUUAAAGAUUUUUGGUUAGUUGAGAAGUGUUUUAAAAUGGAUUGGAAUUAUAUUUAUUCAAUAAAACCGAAUAAAAUCGAAGAUAAUGAAAAAGAUGCUUUGUUGAAUACGUUAGCUUGGUAUGAUAUUGAUGUUGAAGAAGUUGAUUUAGAAAAAUGUUUGGUUUUAUUUAAAAUAACCCAAGAAAUUAUGAAAUUUAAAUCUGAACAGGUUGAAGUUUUGAUAGCAGAAUUAGAUGAUUUGGCUAAAAAGCAAGCUGAAGAUGAGCUCAAAAAAUCCGAAUUAGAUUCAUUAAAAAGUCAAAAAUCAAAAAAGUCGAGUUCUUUGGAUUAUGAUGAGCUUGAGGAAAAAUAUCGUGAAUUAAAAGGAAAGUUGAAACAACAAAAUAAAUCGAAUGAGAAGUUAAAAAAUGAAAUAACCAAGUUGAACCAGCACAUUAAAGUUUUAGAAAAGGAUCGAAAUCAUCUUCAAAAUGAGUUGGAGAGUUUGCAAAAGGAUGAUGUUCAAUCUGAGUUAUCAGAAAAUACUAAAGAUCAACAUAAAGAGUUAAUUGGAACAAUUAGGCACAAAAACAAUCAAAUUUCCCAACUUUUAAAUGAUAUUGAGAUGGUGGAGGGUGAAAAUUUGCAAUUAAAGGAGCAAAUUUUAGUUGUUAAAGAUAAAUUGGAGGAUGCAACAAAACAAAUAAACGAAAUGACGAAGGAGUUUUUAGCAAGUAAUGUUAAAUUUGAGGAGGAACAUAUCAAAAUGAAUGAGUUAAUGAAGGAGAAUGAUUGUUUAAAAAAUGAAAUUGAAGAAUUAACUUUGGAAAAUGUGGAAUUAAAAAAGCAACUUGAAGAUUUUGCUUUGGCUAUUGAUAAGAGAGUUGAUGAAUGGAAAAGGGUUUUGGAUGAAAAAAAUGAGGAAAUUUUCGAGUUAAAACGUAAAAUUUUAAAGGAAAAGGAAGAAUUUUCUGAGAUAAGUGAUACUUUUCGAGAUGGAAAUGAAUUUGUUUUAAAUAAAAUUAUUUUCGAGCGAGAUUUAAAAAUUAAUGAUUUACAAAGUCAAUUAGAAAAAGCCACCAUUGAUAUGAAUGAAAUUGCGGAGAUUUUAAACAAAUUAAGAGAAGAAAAAGAGGAUUUGGAUAAAAAAUUAAUUGAAAAUAAAGAUUUUAAUAAAGAAUUAAAACAAAAAUUAAAAUCCUCUCAUUUACGCACUCAAAAUUUACAAGAAGAAAUAAAUUACUUAACCAAAGCGUUAACGGAAAAAGAUGACGACGUUAACGAGAUGAUUAAUAAGUAUAAAAACGAAAAUGUUGAUUUUGGAGUCUUUUUGGAAAAGUACCAAAAAUUAAAGCUUCAAAAACGUCAAAAAGAUAAAGAAAUCGCCGAAUUAGUACGAGAUGGGAAUAAUUUGCAAGAAAAUUUUGAACGAUUUCAAAAAGAAAAUGUCGAAUUAAGAUCGAGGUUGGGAUUAAACGAGGAAGAUAACGUCGCAGUGACGAGUAUUGAGAUAAAAACGAAGAAGUUAGAGAGGAAAAUUGACGAUUUAAAAGUAAAAAUGGUUAAAAUGGAGGAGGAAAAAGUUAGUUUACGAUGUAAAAAUCAAAAUCAAAGCAAAAUUAUUAAUGAAUUAACUAAAAAACUUAACGAAUUAAACGUGGGGGAGAUUCUUUUUGAUGAAAAUGAAAUUUGUGAAAAUGUUACAAAAGAAUCUCAUGAAGUUGUUGUUGAGGAAAAUGAAGCGUUACGGAGAGGAUUACAUGAGAUUUUGGAGAGUUUGCAACAAAGAAAAGAUAAAGGAUAUCGAGAAAUUAAUUCGGAAACGUUGGAAAAUCUUUUAAAAGCACUCGAUUCGAAACAUAUUUCUGGAUGGUAUCACUCUGGGAUGAGAUUGCAAGCUGAAAUUCAUACUUUACAAGGAUCUAAUAAGGAAUUACGAGAACAAUUAAAAAUAGCCCUAAAAAAAGCUUCGGAACCAAAUACAAAUUAUAUAAAUAAAGAAAUUAAAUUAACAGGCGAUAAUAAAGAGGUUAUUUCAAAUGAUUUGAAAGAAAGUGAUGGGCAAACAAGUCAAAAUGAUGUGUUAAUAGAGAAAAAUAAAAUCAAUUUUGAAGAAGUUGAAGAAAAAUUAAAUUCGUUAUCUAAAGAAUAUAAUGAGGCAAAAUUGAAUUGGGAAAAUGAAAAGUUAAUGUUAUCAGAUACCGCUGACGAUUUAAGUGAAAAGGUUGAAGUUUUAGAAAAAAAAUUAGAAGAAAUAAAAAAGUUUCAUCUAAGUGAAAAUGACGCAUUCAAAAUUAAACAAGUCUCUGAGUUAGCUGGAGAAGUUGUGAUCUUAAACAGAAAAACGUUGUAUUUAAAAAAUGAAAAUGAAAAGUACUUGGGGGAUAUUGACCGAUUAAAAAGUGAUUCGUUAAAAAAUGAAAUUGAUUUGAUGAAGAGUGUUAAAUUAACGAACGAAAUAAACGAUUCGUUGUUGAAUAAAAUAACCCGCCUUGAAGUGGAAUUAAAAAACAAAAUUGAUUUAAACUUAUUUCUAAAGUUACAAAAUAAUUUUGAUGAUUUAACGAUUAAACAUCGAGGAUUAUUAGGGGAAAUUUCUACGAUUAAAUCAAACGAAAAUCGAGAAUUACAAGCAUUAAAUGUGAUCAUAAAAAAUUUAAAAGAAGAAAAACUAACGAUUUUAGAGAAAACUCAAGAUUUAUUAAUCAAAAUUAAUUCAUUUGAGGCUUCAAAAUUAGUUGAAAUCGACAAAAACAUUGAGAUGUUAACGAAAAAACUUUCCCAAUGCGAAAUAAAUGAGAUAACCGAGCGGCAAAGAGCGAAUCAUAUGAACAAUUUAUACGAAUUGGUUAAAGAGCAACUUAAAAAUAGCGAAGAGAGACUCCACGAUUUUGAAAAGUAUAAUAAAGAGAUUAUGGAGAAAAAUUUAAAGCUCCAAGAAACCAUAAAAAACGGGCAAAAUCAAAUUUUAAUCGAACCCUUUUUCGAAAACGACGACGAUUUAAAAAAAAAAUAUGAAAACGCUUUAAUUGAAAUUGACGUUUUAAAAAAAAAUUUAAACGAGAUUAAAUUCAAAAAUGAAAUAGACGAGAAAUAUGAGAAAAACUGGAAAAGCUCAACGGCAGCUUAUGAAUUUGAAAUUUUAAGUUUAAAACAUCAAAUUUUAGAUUUACAAGCGGCGGGGGAUGAUAAAGCCGUCAUUUCUCGCUUGUCAUCGGAUGUGGUUCAAGCGCGACUUCUACAAGCCGAAGCGAAUCGAAAAUUUGAUAGCUUACAACUUCAAUUUGAAAGGGUUAAUAAGGAAUUUGACAAAUUUAAAGUUGAAAAUGAGGAAAAAUUAAUGGUGCGGGAAGAAAAUGUUGCGAAACUAGAAAAAAACGUUAUAAACUUACAAGAAAUAAUAAUUCAACACCGCCACCAAUAUCUCGGUUAUAUCCCGCUAAUAUCAGAGAGGAAAUACAUUGAAAAUAUCUUACAAAUCAAUAAAGAUAAAUUUGAAAGUUUUUUGAAUUUGCAAAAAAUUUCCGACGAAUUAAACGAGGUUCAAAUCACAAAGGAACAAUUAAAGGAGCAAUUAGAAAUGAUUGAGGAAAUUAAAAGUGAGGAUUUCCACAAGAAAAUAUCAAAAUGGUACAACGAAAAAUCUUUAAUACAAUUACAGGAAUUAAAGCAAAGGAGGAAAUCGGAAUUUCUUCAAACCCAAUUGGACCAAGCGUUAGAAAAGAUAGAAAUGCAAAACAAUCACACGUCAAAAUUAGAGGAAGCCUUAUUCUUAUCGUACCAAAAUUUAGAAAUUAAUAUCCCUAAAACUAUCGAUAACAUUAAACUAAAACCCCUCAACGAUGAUAAAGAAGAGAUUCAAAAAAAAAUCGAAAAUAUAAAAAUUUUUAACUCACAAGAAACCCAAACAAUUUUCGAUUUAGAAACAAUCCAAAACGGAAACGGAAGUAAUCAAAACUUAAAAAAAAUCCAAAUGGAAUUGUUACAAAAUCAAAACGAACUGAGUUCGAAAACCGAAAUAAUCGAACAAUUAAAAUCGAAAUUAACCGAAUUAGAAAUGAAUUUGAGUCUUUUUAAAUCGCAAUUGGGCGAUAAACAAUCGCAAAUAACGUUUUACGAAAAACACAUCUUAGAAUUACAAUCGAAAAAGGAAAUUUCCGUUGAAGAAGACGCCGUUGAAGAUUUAAAAUCGAAUUUAAUUAAACUUCAAGCUAUUCUUACCGAAAAGGAAGAAGACGUCAUCAAAUAUCAAUCCCUAUUAAAAAAAGAUCGAGACGAACACAGUUUGGCCGCACAAAGAAUGCGCGAGGAAGUUAAACGGCUUCAAAUGGUUCUAAUUGAAAAAGAAAAUGAAUCGCACGAAAACGAGGGGAAAGCUGCUGUUGAAUAUUAUAUUAAACAAGUCAACGCCUUGGUCCAACACACCAAUGAAUUACAUACUCAAUUAAAAUGCGUCGAGAAUCAACUUGAAUCGAGUCGCGAAGAAUGUUCGAGGUGGAAGAGUUUAUCUAAUGAUCGAUUGGAGUGUUUAGAGAAGUUGAGGAAAGAUUUAGAAGAGAUGCAUAAAAUAGAAUUAAAAGCUUACCAAGAUGAUUGUGAAAAAUGGAGAGAAGAAGUUUUAUGUUUAAAGACGUUUGUAUCAAAGUUUCAAGGAAGUACAUCAGAAAAAAGUGCAGAUUUACAAAAAUUAAUUAAAGAUAAAGAUAAUAGAAUUCAUGAAUUAACAGUUCAUUUACGACAAUUAAAAAUAGCAGCAAGAAAAAAAGAAAAUAACGAAACACCCCGUCUUCAAGAAGAAGAAAACGCAAAAAAAGAAAUCCAAAAAGAACUAGAAGUUGUAAAGAAAAAGUGUGAAAAUUUAUUAACAAAAGAAAAAAAUUAUCGAGAAGAAAUAAGAAAUUUAAAAAGUCAAUUAAUGAAACGACCGAUCUCCUCAUCAUUAUCAUCGCAAAAAUCGGAUAUAAAAGAUCAGCUUUAUAAAAAAAUUACAUCCCUUGAAAACGAAAAUUUAGAAUUAAAAGAAAACCUUCGACAGCAAUUUCAAAUCAACGAAACUCAUCGUAUAAAAGUUGCCGAAGAUUUCGAUAAAUGGAACAAGCAAAAACAGUUUCAACAAACGGCCGAUAAAUUAAAAAUCAAACUAAAAGAGAAAUCGGAAGAAUGCGAAAAAUUACAACAAACCUCGGCCGGUUAUCGAAUAUUAAUCGAAAAAUUAGAACGGGAAAAACACGCGUUAGAAAUGAAAAUAAAAAAUUUCAAAACAACUUCAGAAACUACCAACAAAAACGAGUUAUUACAGAUUGAAAAUGCGAGACUUUCGGCGGAAAUCGAAGCGGUUAAUGCUAAAUAUGAGAUGGCUCAACAUCAUUCGGGCGGGUUAGGUGCUGUUAUGUUGCAGGAGAAAUUGGAGGCGCAAGAAAGAAAGAUUGCUAUUUUGGAAUUAGCCGGAAAGGGUACUAUUGAAUUAAGGAAUGAAAUAGAAAGGCUACAAAAUGCCACGGCGAAUUUACAUAAAGCUAAUUUAAGAUUGGAAGCGGAAAACUUAGAAUUUAAAUUGGAUUUGGGAAAAACGAACAAAGAAGUUCCCCAUUUAAAAGAACAAAUCCAAUAUUUGGAAAACUACAUAGAAGUUCUCAAACAAGAAAAAAAUCCCCCAGAAACUGUUAACGAAGAACACAAAAAACAAUCUGAAUUAGAAAGAACCGUUUUUGUGCUAAAAAGAAUCGUUGAAAAACUUCAAGUUGAAAACAAACGGCUUCAAAAUUCAUCGAAACCCGUUAAUGAAAAAAUAAACGUUUCUGACGAAACUUUACGAAGGAACUUUUAUAAACUCAAAGAUCAAUACGGUGACAGUAUACAAAAAAUUUCCCGUUUAGAAGAAGAAUUAAACUUGGCGAAUAACAAAUUAAAACAAAUCAAAGUAAUCGGGAAAUCCCCCGAUUUAGAAGAAGAAAAUGCCCGGCUCAAAAAUGAAUUGGAACAAAAAAUUGAAUUAUUAGAUAAAGUUAAGAUACUUUUACAUCGGGCUGCGAGUAAAGAAAAAGCGUUACUUGAUGAGGUUGCAAGAUUAAAAGCGAUUAUUCCUUGUAGCUCAACAUCCGUUUCGAGCGCUUAAAAACAUAUUUUUAAGAUUCAAAUAUUUUAUAGUUAAGAUU